CCCUCACGAAGCAAAAUCCAUACCCUCCAACUCUCAAUUCUCAAUUGCCAAUACUCAUCAUUGUCAAUUGCUGAUUGUGGGAGUCCGAUUCUUCAUAUCUGGUGAUACACGCGCAGUACCUCUCCACAAGGCCGACAUAGCGCUGCGAGGCUAAACAGCAUCACCGUUAUAGCAACCACCUGUCCUCUUCUCUCCCAUCACUACUUCACGACCUCAAUUACUCCCUCCAAUUACCCCUCUCUCCCUCUUUACAACCAAUUCCAAAAUGGCAGACGUCCGCCAAAGAAAGAAAGCAGAACCUCCCUCCGCGCCCUCGCAGUCACCCAAAUCCGCAUCCACACUGGCGAAAGAAGAAGACACGAGCAGCUUCUCGAUCCUAGAUAUCUUCCGCGUUCUAACAUUCCUUUCGAAGAGUUUUGUGUGGGGACUAGAACGACCAGACUUCACCCGUCUAGACGUUCUGAAAUCCUGGCUUAACGGUCCGAUCCAAUAUACAGAUGCGGAUUUGAAGGCAUUUGAUGGGACGGAUCCUACGAAGCCGAUUUUAUUGGCGAUCAACGGAACUAUCUACGAUGUCUCUAAUGGGCGAAAGCACUACGGCCCCGGAGGCAGUUAUCACCUGUUCGCCGCCGCCGACGCGUCAAGAGGCUUUGUGACUGGUUGUUUUGACACGGAUCGCACGCCGGAUAUGCGUGGGGUAGAGGAGAUGUUCUUGCCUUUGGACGACCCUGAGAUAGACGGCCUGUAUUCCAGCUCGCAGAUGAAGAUAAUGAAGGAGCAGGAGAAACGAAAGGCGAAAGUGGAGGUUUACAAAGCGCUGAAGCACUGGGUUGACUUUUUUGGGAAUAGUAAGAAGUAUACGCGGGUUGGAGAGGUGAAGAGGGAGGAGGGGUGGCAGACAAAGGGGCCGGCGCCGACAUUGUGUGCGAGGGCGCAGGAGGGACGGAGUAAGAGAGAACGGCCGGAGGGGAAGUGAGGGGUGUUGUGAGGGUUUAGGGUUAUGGUAGAAUGGGACAGGAGAUUAUUAUGGUGGGAAGGAAAAGAAGAAAAAGGGAGAAUAAAAUGGUAGUAAUAUGUAUUAUAGAUAAGGGGGAUAUGGAUAGGCAAGAGCUGCCACAAACACAAGGAAUUCCAAAAGAGGUGUGCUUUACAACUGUCAAGAGAUGAUUAGUCUUGUUAAAGUGCUAUCCGAUGACAAGUGUUUAUUUCUCUCUUCAAUGUAGAGCAUCCUACAUUACACUCCAACACAAACUCGCUUCUCAAAUUAUAUAUUAGAAUCGAACAACAGGUAGUCAAGUUCCAACCCUCCCGUCCACCAGCCCUGCAUUUCCUCUUCCCGCCUCCCAAGCCAUCAUGCCCUACUCCCCUGCCCCUUUCCUCCUCCUCCCUUACCACAACACCCAUCGAACUCCCAGCGCGAGAGUCAGCGUUGGCAAAUCUCCCAUACUACAGCA